AUGUCCGAACUCACCUCCCCACCAUCCCCAUACCCACCGGCCCAAGACACCUCCCAACUGCCCAACCCACUUCCCCACCGUCCCAACACCCCAGUGUACCAACCCUACUCCUCACCUUCCCUGCACCCGCCGUCCCAAGCUGCCUCCCUGCCAUCCCCGCACCCCGGCAUCCCACCCUACCUCCCAACUGUCACCCUGGCCCGGUUACCCAACCUGCCUCCACACUGUGUCUGUGCCCUGCUGACCCAAAACUUCUCACCAUCCCACCACCACCAUGGUCAAACCCACCUCUCUACCAUCCCCAUGCCCCAGCAGCCCAACUUGCCUUCCCACCAUCCCAGUGCCCCAGUGGCCAACCUAUCUCCCCACAGUCCCCUUGCCUAUGUGGCCAAACCCAACUCCCCACCAUCCCCGUGCCUCAGAGGCCCAGCCUAUCUCCCCACCCUCCCCAUGCACCAACAGCCCAGCCCAUCUCCACAACGUCCCAGUACCCCAGUUGCCCAACCUGCCUUCCCACUAUCCCUGCACCCAGGCCGUCCAACCUGCUUCCCCACUCUCCCCACACCCCGGAGGCCCAACCUGCCUCCCAACCAUCCCCAAGCCCCUGCAACCCAACCCACCACCAAACCAUCCCUACACCCUGGUGGACCAACCCACCUAACCACCAUCCCUGUGCCCUGGCUGCCCAACCCAUUUCCACACUGUCCAUGUGCCCUUGCAGCCCAACCCACCUCUGAACCGUCCCCACACACUGAUGGCCCAACCCACCUCCCCACCAUCCCUGCUCUCCAGCAGUCCAAUGCGCCUCCCAACCAUUCCUUCAUCCCUUCAGCCCAAUCCGCCUCCCAACUGUCCCCAGCAGCCCAAUCCACCUCCCCUUUGUCCCCAGCAGCCCAACCUGCCUCCCCACUGUCCCAGCAGCCCAAACCUCAUCCCCGCUAUCCCUGCGGCCCUGCUGCCCUACUUGCCUCCACACUGUCCCCAAGCCCCAGCUUCCCAACCCGCCUCCCCACCAUCCCCAAGCCUCAGCUGCCCAACCUGCCUCCCCACCAUCCCCUAGCCCUAGUGGCCUAA